AUGAAAAUCGCGUUAUUUUUGCUAUUUUUUGUGCUCGGGGCAAAUUGCGCCAAUUUAUCAUCGUUGAUUGAGGCGUUGGAGCCAAAUAAAUUAUGCUCGGUUUAUGAUCCAUUUAAAGUUUUGCCCGAAAAUAAUAAGGUAAGAUAUUCUUUUUUUGAGCCACUGUAAUCUUUUCUUGUUGAAAAAAAAGUGUGAAAAAUCGAAUCUAAGAAAUUUUUCGGAUUCUGUAGAUCAAAUUUUGAACUAACAAUAAGCUAAAAUUAGAGAGUUCGGAUAAUUCGAAUAUAAAUUUUGAAUUACAGUUCCAAAUCGGCGGAAGUUUCCCACUUCAUCAAAUUGAUUGUACCACACUUCGACCUGAAACUGUUCAAGAAAUUGUGGCUAUACAAUGGGCGCUGACUCAUUGGAAUCAAAAUGAGCAAAAUCAUGCUGCAAAACUUGGUAAGGGAAAUUUGAGAAAAAUAGAAUUUAGAACAAAAUUUGUAUCUAAAAAGAAACUUCAUUUUUUUUAUUCCAGGUCUCUACGCUGGUGAUACUUGUUCACGAUCAGCCGAAUCUCUUUCACAAUCUCUCCGUUUUCUCGAUUCUGUUGGAUAUCACGAACCAAAAGAAUGCCGAACUGAAACACCUGGUGCAAAAUUACUCGGAUUAAUUGCACCAAAAGAUUAUGAAUCAUCGAUUUCUCUCGGCAAAUUUUUGUCAGUUUCUUCGAUUCCUGUUGCAGCUUAUAGUUCAGAUUCAGUGAAUGCUUUGACCGAAUUAGAAGUUGAUUAUACAAUUGCCACGUCACCAACUAUUGGAGUUUAUGUCGAAGCUUUGAUUCGGUAAGUUCUUUCUAAAUCUUGGCUAUCUAUAAAAAUCAAUUUUGAAGAGAGACCUAGUAAAUAAAAAAAAACAAUGAAAAAUUUCUGCGUUCCAAACACAUCCUCAUUAAUUAAGUAUGUUUAAUGAUGUCAAUUAUUCAUCACCUAAUAAAAUCAUGAUUUUCUUUCCGUUCCAAAAAAUGAAAAUAAAAAAAGAUUUUGAAUUAUGUGAAAGGUCAAUCACAAAAAAAUGAAGAAAAAAAGUUUUGGAUUACAAGUAGAAUUGAAAAAUCAGGAGAGAAUUAAAGGGAUGAAUUUUCAAAUUACUGUACCCAUGAUAUUUUUUGUGUAUAAGCAAGAACCGUUUGAAACAUCAAAUUUCAAUUCUCAAAUGUUUUCAAAAAUUCAUGUUUCUAGUUUGAUGAAUCAAAUGAGAUCGAACCUUGUCACCAUUGUUGAUGAUGGUUCAAAAUCGCCAAUUGUGAAGCGAGUUAUCGCACAACUUCGCGACGCCGAUGUUUUUGUAUCUGAUACAAUUCCAAUCGAUCAUCCAUUCCUUUCACAAGCUCUCGAAGACAGUGAUUCAACAAUAAUUGUCAGUAUUCUCAACAAAUCACAAAUGCAAAAAACAAUCACAAAACCGGCGAUUGCAGCGAUGCAUAAAAUUUGGAUGAGUAUUCCGACAGAAGGCGAAGUUUUGGAUGAAGAAGAACAAGAUCGAGUUUUGGAAAAAGAUUCGAAAUUGAUUUUGAUUACACUUCAACCAAAAUAUAAAGAGUUACCACAAUUCCGCGAUUAUUUUGUGCGAGUUUUGAAGAAUAAUUAUAAGAAUUAUCAAUUGUUGACUUCGUAUAUCGAACAGGUUUGUGAAUUUUGUGAAUUUUAAUUUGUGAUUAAUCAAUUAAUAUUUCUAGGUUCAUAACUGUACCAACGAGGAUUGCAAUUUGGAAAAAGAAGCAAUGAUCGAAGGAUAUGUUCAAGCUCGAACAACUGAACCUGUUAUUCGAAUGACUUAUGCAUUCGCAGCGGUUGCCAAGAAAAUCGUUGAAAUGAAACAGGAAAAAAUCUGUGCUCAUGCUUCUCUCGAAUGCACAGAUUUGAUCAUGAACACUUUCCUUGAUCUUGAUUAUGAAUUCACGAAAAAUGAUCCACUUGAAUUUUAUAGCGAAAGAUUGAGAUUCUAUCAAAGUUCAACAGAAAAUAUUCUUCUUGCAUCUGGAAUGAUUGUUGAAGCAAUUGAAAUAUACAUUGGAAAUGAUAAUCAAACAAUGAAAAGUAAAUUGUUAUCAUUUACAACUGGAUCACCACCAACUGUGAUUCUUUCAUCACUUCGAUCUGAAGAUCAAAAACUUCGAAGUAUUUGUGCACCAUAUCGACCAUUCUGUGGACAAUGUCCAAAUGUGCAAAAUGUCAAUUCGGAUCGACAUUUCUUAUCAAUUCCAAGACAUUAUCCAUUAUAUCUUGUUGGAUUAUUUGAUCUUCAUAAUGGACAAAAUUGUCAAAGUAUGAGUCAAACAGAUAUUAGUCUUCCAAUGGCAUUUGUACACACUGUUUGGACUUUCAAACAAAGAUUCCCACAAUUGGGACUUUUGAAAGAUCUCGACUUUGGAGCAUUAUUGAUUGAUAGUUGUUCAUCCGGAAAACAAGCAAUUGAAUCAAUUGUUCGAUCAGAAACACAAUGCUUCAGAUUUAAUCAAGCUGGAAGAAAUAUCACAAUUGUUCCAAAAUCAGUAUUUGGAUAUGCAAGUGCUUUGAGAGGUGAUUCGCAAGAAUCAUUGAAAGGAUAUUUCUCAUCUGGAGACACUGAUGCAUCACUUGUUUCUGUAGAAUCUGAACAUUCUGCACUUCAACAUUCAUUCACAGCUCUUCCAAGUUCAAGAAGUCAAGCUUUGGCUCUUCUCAAACUCCUAAAUCGUAUGUCUUGGCAAUUUGUAACUGCUGCAAUCAGUGAACAAGAUCCUGAAUCUAUGUCAUUGUUUAGAAGUUUCGAAAGACUUGCAUUAGAUCGAGGAGUUUGUCUGGCUGAAGUUGUUAAUAUCAAUGGAGGUGGAGCAACAACAUCGAGCUCCACAAAUGUGACAAUUGUAUUUGCAACAGCGCGGGACGCUGCUAAAUACCUCAAGAAUUUCAAAGUAAAAAAAGAACAUGUUCAUAUUAUGAUGGGUGAUUCACAUGAUUGGCAUUUACACGCUACUGAACAACAAGAACAAUUUGCUGGAACUGUUAGUGUUCAACCAAAGAAUAUAUUGUAUGCUGAUUUUGAAGAGUGGCUUGAAACCACUACUCCACUAACACUUCCCGAACUUUGGUAUUGGUCUUAUAUUGAAGAUCGAUAUGGCUGCGCGCUCAGUCAGAAAUCAAAAGUUGUUUAUGGUCGAAUGUGUUCAGGUGAUGAAUUAUUGAAUAUUGAAUCAUUGGGACGAAUGACAAAAGCUGGUUAUUUAUCAAGAGGUGUUGAAAGAUUCUUAUUUGCUAUGGAUUCAGUUUAUAAGGUAAGUAAUUCAAAAUUAACAUUUCGAUCAUACUGUAACUAAUUAUUUUUUAGACUCUUUGCCCUGCUCAAAAUGGAAUCUGCCUUGAAUUCUACGAACAAGGACGUAAACAAAUUUUGAAUCAACUCAAGAAAACAUCAACUGAAGAUGAUGUUGAAAUCUAUGAAUAUCUUCCGGAUAUUAAUGGUCAUUUCACGUAUCAUCGAAUUGCUAAUUGGUCACUUACAACUGGACUUCGAAUGUCAACACAAUAUCGAAGUGCAUCAGGUGGACAAUUAAUUGAGAGCAAAUGUCAACCACCAAUGUGUAAAUGUUUCUUGGAUGGUGAUUUCUUCCAAAGACCUCUUGAAUCAUUUGUUUUCGAACCAGAAGCACAAAUUGAUUCAUCUUCGGAUGAUGGAUAUAUUAAAAGACAACCAACUUAUGGUUCAGAGAAAAUUGAAUAUCAAUCAAUAUUUGAGCAUAUUUCUAGUGGAACAUGGAGACAUCAUCCACAUAAUUAUGUUUUGUUGGCUUUUAUUACAGUACUCGUUGUUAUCGCAUUUGCAGUUUUGAUUUUAGUUUUGGCUAAAUUGUAUUUGAGAGUUGUGAAAGGAAAUCAGUCACUUGGAAUUUCAUUAUUGAUUGGUAUGUCAAGCCUAUUUGGAAAUAAAACUCACAUUUCAAAAAUUUUUUACAGGAAUCAUAAUUCUCUACAUCACCGCAUAUUUCUUUGUUUUUGAUCCAACUGAUACUGUUUGCCGAUUCCGAGUUAUUCUUCAUGGUUUGGGUUAUGCAAUCUGUUUUGGUGUUAUUAUUGCCAAAGCCACACAACUCAGAAAUGCUGAAACUCUCGGAUUCGGAACAUCAGUUCACAUCUCAUUUUGGAAUUAUUGGCAACUUCUAUUUUUCAUUGUUGGUGUACAAAUCGCAUUAUCAAAUAGAUGGUUUAUGGAACCAUUUAUGUCAACAAUUGGAGUUGUUGAUCAAACCGAUCAAAGAAUGAUGUGCACUUUGGGAAAAGUUGAAUUCGUUCUAUCAAAUAGUUAUGUAAUGAUAUUGAUUUUGAUGGCAAUGUUUUUAAAUCUUCUCAAUCGGAACAUCAAGAGAAAUUAUAAAGAAACAAAAUGGUUGUUAUAUUCAACAGUUGGAUGUUUUGCAAGUUGGAUUGCAUGGAUCACUUUAUAUCUUACAAUUGGUUAUGAAUUCCGUGACACUGUUAUUGUUAUCGAACUAAUUGCCUGUGCAACUAUUCUUUUAGGAUUCUUAUUUGGCCCAAAAAUUUAUAUUUUGCUUUCUUAUGAACCAGUUGUGGUUGCUUUGAAGCGCGAACAAUUUGGAAAUGAUUUAUUUGAAAAAGAUGAUGAUAUUCCAUCAAUUCGAGCUGUUUCACCUGCAUCUUCAACCACUUCAUCAUCAAAUAGAUCUUCAUCUUCCUAUGGAUCAGGUUCGACUGGAUCGAAGAGACCAGUAAAUGCAGUGGGACCAUUACCAACGCCACCAACAGAAGAUCAAUCACCUAUUUUUCAUACGGUGAUGAGAAAGAAGACCAAAGUGAAAAGAUCAAAUAGUGAACAUGAUACAGUGGUAAGUCAAACUUUAUCUUAUUUUGACAAAAUAAAUAUUUCAGAUGAAUGGUGCUUAUCCAAUGACAUCUGUUCCGAUCAUCAGAAGUCCAUCUUCACGAAAAGACGAACAAAUUCAUCAACAUCAUCACAAUUCUUCUUCUCUCCAAUAUUCACCACCAAUUCGACACUAA